CAACAACAACAACAACAACAACAACAACAACAGCAACAACAACAACAGGAACAACAACAACAACAACAACAACAGCAACAACAACAACAACAACAGCAACAACAACAACAACAACAACAGCAACAACAACAACAGCAACAACAACAACAGCAGCAACAACAACAACAACAACAACAACAACAACAACAACAACAGCAACAACAACAGAAACAACAACAACAACAACAACAACCACAACAACAACAACAACAGCAACAACAACAACAACAACAACAGCAACAACAGCAACAACAACAGCAACAACAACAACAACAACAACAACAACAACAACAACAACAACAACAGCAACAACAACAACAACAACAACAACAACAACAACAACAGCAACAACAGCAACAACAACAGCAACAACAACAACAACAACAACAACAACAACAACAACAACAGCAACAACAACAACAGCAACAACAACAACAGCAACAACAACAAGCAAUACUUGGAGAAAAACUUCCACAAGCCAGAUCUCCAAAAGCGGUGCCGCGAACUUGGACUGCCAAGGGCGAACUCAUUAACGUGAUCCUCCAAAAAUGUCAACCAGAACUUCAAGAAUCAGACGAGGACCCGGCCUCUCACCUGGCGACCCACCACCACCUCCUACACCCCCAGCCUGCUAACAACCUCUCACCGUGUGGCAGCCUGCUAACAACCUCUCACCGUGUGCCUGCUAACAACCUCUCACCGUGUGGCAGCCUGCUAACAACCUCUCACCGUGUGCCUGCUAACAACCUCUCACCGUGUGGCAGCCUGCUAACAACCUCUCACCGUGUGCCUGCUAACAACCUCUCACCGUGUGGCAGCCUGCUAACAACCUCUCACCGUGUGGCAGCCUGCUAA